CCCUCAUCUGCAUCAGUAGCAGACAUUGUACAUAGAAGAGUCCCUGGGCUGUCGUUUUCCCGAAUAAAAGCAUUAUAUGUAGAUUGUGUGAAUGCUGGUGCAUUAUCAUUAAUAUCAGAAACCCUGAGAAUAACAGUCAUCUUAGCAGAUAGAGCUGGAGACCCUAAAUCAGUAGCUGUCAGCUCAAUAGUGUAUUGGGCUAUAUUUUCUCUGUCCAGAUUCCCAUCAAUGACCAGUGAAUAGCGAUUUUUACCUGUGCUUAUCCUAAAAGGUAAUUGCGGUGACAUAUCCAAUUGUAUUUCACCAUUUUUUCCUGAAUCCCUAUCUUUUACUUUAAUUAUUCCCACAGUUGUUCCUAGUGGUAUAUUUUCUUGAAUUUCAUUCAUCAAAGAGGAGAAGGAAAUUUCUGGGGAUAAUUGUCAUUUACAUCUUCUACUUCUAUAUGAACCAGACAGUUACCUUC